AUGAUGAAUUUUAUUCUCAUCUGCCUGAUAUGUGGAUUGUAUGGGGUGCUCGCAAAAGAUAAAGACCAGAAGGGGAGGUUCAGCGUCCCCAUCCUGGACGUGAAAGCCCGGCAGCUCGUCCUGGAGGCCGACCAGACUCUCCUGCUGAGCUGCAGGGGCCGCUGGGAGCUGUCGUGGGCGUUCCCGGCAGGUUUGACCAGAGAUGAGGUGCAGGUGGAGGACUCUCGCUGCGGGAGGACGAGCCAGCAGUACUGCAGCCGAGUGACGGUCCGCCGCAGCCAGAGCCAGCACACCGGCCUGUUCCGCUGCCGAUACAGGCACCGAACCCAGAAACAGGCGGCCAUCUAUGUUUAUGUCGCAGACAGCCAGCAGCCAUUUGUGGAGCCUCCGGAUAUGAGCCCAGGUGUGUUGUACAUGAAGGAGAAGGAGCCGCUGGUCAUCCCCUGCCGGGUCACACACCCCAACAUCACCACCACUCUGGUCAAGUUCCCCAGUCCCGGCCUCAGUCCGGACCAGAGGAACAUCAUCUGGAGCAGCAAGAAAGGCUUCACCGUGCGAACCCCCACCUUCUACUACAUCGGCCUCUUCUACUGCCAGACCGUCGCUGAAGGCGUCAAGCACAAGUCCCGUAUCUACUUCGUGCACAGACCAGUGAGCAACAUCACAGACGUCUAUCUGAACAGCAGCGGGCCCGUGCAGGCCCUGAAGGGGGAGAGGCUGGUCCUGAACUGCACCGCCACGGCAGAGCUGAACACUCGAGUCAACAUCACCUGGGACUAUCCUGGAAAGAUCAACAAUGCCGGCUUCACAUCCAAAAGGCUCCUGAGACACCAAACACACAUGCUGUUCUACAACAUUCUGACCAUCCCGAAACUCCAGCGCUCGGAUCGAGGUCUUUACACAUGUCGAGUCACCAGCGGUAACCAAAGCAAACAACAGAAGGUCACGGUUACAGUUUACGACCGUUCAUUUAUUCGCCUGAAGCCCCGGAAUGGAUCUGUGAUGGUGGUGCAAGCAGGACAGAAAUCCUACAGAAUCACACCCAAGCUACGAGCGUUCCCGGCGCCUGAAGUCAUCUGGUUGAAGGAUGGCAUGGUUGCAGCGGAGCAGUGCUCAAGAUACCACAUGGAUGGGAAUUCCUUGAUCAUUCGGGACGUUGCAGAGGAGGAUGCAGGGAAAUACACCGUCCUUGUACGAAUCCAAGAACACGGACUUUACCAGAAUCUCACUCUAACACUGGUGGUCAAUGUGAGCCCUCAGAUAGGAGAGAAAGCCGUGUCGUUGCAGGACCCGGGCUCGGUGCCGCGGGGGAGCCGGCAAGCCCUGCACUGCACGUCUCACGGAGUCCCGCCUCCUCACAUCGAGUGGCUCUGGCAUCCCUGCCCGUCCAAAGGCCUGUGUGUGUGUCCAACGUCCUCCUCGCUGUGGAGCCCUGUGACGGAGGUUCUCCCUCCCACGUCCACAUACAACCGCAUCCUGAGUGUUACUCACAGGGAGGAAGUGCUCCAGGGGAAGAAAAAGACGGUGGGAGUCCUCACUGUGGCUCAGGCCUUUGUGUCCGGAGUGUAUCGCUGCAUCACCUCCAACUGUGUGGGCUCAGACCAGCUGGACAUUCCCUUCUACAUCACAGACGUCCCGGGGGGCUUCAGCGUAGCCCAGCAGGAGGCGGCCAGAGAGGGCGGAGACCUGCGCCUCACCUGCUCGGCAAACAAGUACCUGUACGGGGCGUUGUCGUGGCGACGGGCGAGCGACAGAGGGGAAGUGCAGUCCCUCCGCCCCGCGCUGAAUAUUCAGCAGCUCGCAAUCGGGGAGUUCUCCGCCUCUCUGGUCCUGGUUCUCAGCAACCUGACGGCCAGAGACUCGGGAACCUACAGAUGCUCCGCCCACCACCUCGUCACGGGGCAGGAGACACACCUGGACACGCAGGUGGAGGUGACAAUCCUCGAGCCGCCGGUGUUGAUUCAUAAUCUGACUGACUGCACCGUCAACGCCAGCAGCUCUGUGACCCUCAGCUGUCCGUCUCAAGGCGUCCCGACCCCGACCGUCACAUGGUACAAAGAUGAACGCGCUCUGCUGCAGGGCUCAGGCAUCGUCAUGUCUGCGGUGGACGGGACGCUUCAUAUUGACAGGAUCACAGUGGAGGACCAGGGUCUGUACACCUGCCAGGCCACCAACGAGAGGGGCUCCGCAGAAAGCUCAGCACAUAUAUGGGUCAACAGUGCCUCAGACUCCUCAUUUCUGGAAAUCCCCACUCUCACCUGUACCUGCGUGGUGGCCACGCUCUUCUGGCUGCUGCUCACGCUGUUCAUACGAAAACUGAGACAGUCUAACAGCUCCAGCGCCAAACCAGAGUACCUGUCCAUCAUCAUGGACAGUGGCGAGGGCCCGGUACAGGAGCAGUGCGACAGACUGCAAUACGACCCCAGUCAGUGGGAGUUCCCUCGUGAGCGCCUUAAAUUAGGGAAACCUCUGGGCCGUGGAGCCUUUGGUAAAGUGAUCCAGGCCUCUGCUUUCGGGAUCGACAGCGCCACCGGAUGCAGGACUGUCGCCGUGAAGAUGCUCAAAGAGGGCGCCACGACGAGCGAGCAGAAGGCCCUGAUGACUGAACUGAAGAUCCUCAACCACAUUGGAAACCAUCUGAAUGUAGUGAACCUCCUGGGGGCCUGCACCAAGCCUGGAGGGCCGCUGAUGGUCAUUGUGGAGUACUGUCGCUUUGGAAAUCUCUCCACCUUCUUGAAGAACAAGCGAGACGUGUUCGUACACAACAGGCAGGCAGCUGAUGGAAAACUCAGAGUGUCAGGAGGCGUUUCCGACAUCAGAACUGAGUUUGACACGCAGGACAAGAAAGACCUCCAGUCCUCCCUCAACUCCCUGCUUUUCCCGGAGGAUCUCAUUUCGUUCAGCUUCCAGGUGGCGCGGGGGAUGGAGUUUCUGGCCUCCCGCAAGUGUAUUCACAGAGAUCUGGCAGCGAGAAACAUUCUGCUGUCCGAUAACAACGUGGUGAAGAUCUGCGACUUCGGCCUGGCCAGAGACAUUUACAAAGACCCGGACUACGUCCGCAAAGGAGAUGCCCGCCUCCCUCUCAAGUGGAUGUCUCCCGAGUCCAUCUUCGACAAGGUGUUCACCACCCAGAGCGACGUGUGGUCGUUCGGCAUCCUGCUGUGGGAGAUCUUCUCUCUAGGAGCGUCUCCAUACCCGGGUCUGCACAUCGACGAGGAGUUCUGCCACAGACUGAAGGGGGGAACAAGGAUGCGAGCGCCAGAAUACAGCACCCCCGAGAUCUACAGCACCAUGCUGGCGUGUUGGGAGGCCGCCCCCUCAGAUCGGCCCACCUUCACCAACUUGGUGGAGACGCUUGGAGACUUGCUACAAGCGAGGGUCCAGCAGCAGGAGGGAAAAGAUUACAUUCCUCUGGAGUCGUUGCUGAGUGGAGACUGCGGUCACUUCAAAGAAAACCCUCUGGCUGUCACAAACCUAAGUUACAUGAGGGGUAUGGCCACACUUCAGACUUUUGAAGAACUGCCCAGUGAGGAUCCGGACAGCCCUGACGAUGAGCAGAGUGACAGCGGGAUGAUCUUACCAUCAGAGGAGCUGAAGCACAUAGCGAGGAACAGCAGCCCCAAGAACAGAAAACUCAGGUUCUUUCCCUUCACCCAGUGUGGAGUCGGCCAGGUGUCCCUCCUGUGCAGGGAUGCCGCCGGUCUCCACGACGACCAGCCCUCCAUCCUGCCGGGCGACUGGGAGUCGGACGAGGGCGGAUCCCCUCCGCCGGACUACAACUCCGCCUUCCUCUACCCGUCCCUCUAGCGCUCCUCACCGCCUCACAGCAGGGCGUCUUCAUCCCGCCGCUCGCCACCGUUCACUCACACUCGCCUGCACACCUCGCUGUUCUCUACCUCAUCGUCACGUCUACGGGCCUCCAGUUGGUCCAGAUCUUCAAUUUGCCUCGAUUACAUAGAAUUCCACUGAUUUUCUGAAAAGAAAAAAAAAAAAAAUCUCAUGCUGUUGCACAAAAAAGCUUCCUCGCAGCGAUGAAGAGUUUUAGGACUUCACCCCCGCCGCUGAGCAGAUGUCCUCGCCGGCCUGUAGCUACGACUGCUUCCUGUUCUGGUACCUCAUACUCAGAGCUUUGUGAAGAGGAGCGCCGCUGUAUUCCAUUACUGCUCCUCUUCCUCGGCCACUAUAUGCUGGAAAAAAGGUGUUAUAUCGAUUAUAUUAUACUAGAGCCGGACUGAAUGUUUUUAUUGUGAUUCUGUAUUUACGUCGUGAAAAACUGGAAAUUAAAUGAAAAUGAGUUAUGAACAGCAACACUGAGAAACCUCACAGUGUGAAACUCACCUGACUCGAGAUGAGCAGCUGUAGUUCUAAGCUCAUCUGUUUCAGGUAUUAAUAAAUUAGGGAAUUUAACAAAGUUUGGUUCUAUUUUCAAUUUGUUGCAAUUAUUUACUUCCCUUGGUUUGAUUAUUACAAAAGCGCCACCAUUUUUAAAGUUAUUAAAUAUUAAUAUUUGAUCUAAUUCUAUUCAUAAUCAAUUCACUUCUUUUUAAACAUGAAUGCUGAAAAUGUAAAAGUCUCCAGUUUGUCAAAUAUGGGGUGAAAAAUGAAUGAACUGAAUAAAACCAUGUCUGUUAUCAGUGACAUUGAUACAAAACUGUGUAUAAAAGCCUAAAGUCUGAGAGCAACCCUGAGCUCUGGGUUGAGAGAAGAGGUUUAAAGUAUUUUAUUUUAUAUUCUCUUUUAAUUGUACUGCUUUGAUCAUUAUUCCAAUGAACUUACUGUAAUUAUGCGACAGUAUUUCGUGCAGCACUGAACUUUGCAUCCCUCCGUUAUGAUUUUCAGUUUAUCGAUUGUUUCCGUUUGAAUGAAACCAGUUCUGAAGUUUGAACGUUAAUUUGCUUGUUUGAUGAGACACAGAUGUGAGUCCAGGACGACUGAGCAGUUGAAGCCUUCAGCCUUCUCACUUCUAAUUAUCAUUCAAUUUACUGGCAGGAAAGAAGAAACUAAUCUUGAAGAUGAAAUGAGCUGUAACCUGAAUUUUAAAAAAGUUUUUUUUUUUUUUUUUUUAUAAAUUCUCAUUUUUGUCACUAUAUUUGAAGAAAAGAACUUUUAAAAUCAUUGAUUCAUUCAACGAAUACUUUAUAAAACUAUGAAAUAGAAGAUGAUUCAUUCAGGUGCUACUGUCAUUUCACAUAAGUCAUAUUUAUAGUUUGUUGUUACAGCCUGAAUAAAAGUCUAAUGUACUUUAUAAUUGUUUGUGCUGUAUCUGAAUAUCAACUAAAAAUGAUUAACUGUAUUUAAAAUACUCACACUGCCCGGCCGCGAAGCGAUCAUCCUCAGAUCAGAGAAAAUCACAUGAAAACAAU